UUGACAAAAUUAAAAUCAAAUCCAAAUCCAAAUCCCUAAUUCAAAUCCAAAUCCCUAAUUCUCUCUAUCUCCUUCCUGUACCUCUUCCGCGAAAAUUCGCCGUCCGCCACACUGUUAUCAUUUCUUCGUCCCAGAUGCUCCUCGUCGAGCUCACGCCGUAGCAGCCGCCCAGACUCCAGCAGCAGUGCCUCCCUUCCGGCCGUCACUGGACGCCUAUUCUCGAUCUCACCACCAUUCACCGACUCCACACAAUUAGAGUGUCUAUUGGUGUGGUAACUAAAUGGAUUCUCCAACAAAUCAUAAAUGGAGGAAAGUUGCAUAUGGCGGGAUGCAGCCCGGGUUUGAUGACAAUCAUACUGAUGAGUCUUUCCUAGAAGACAUGAUUAUGAAUGCCAAUGUUGUGAAAAGAGAUCUGGUUAAGGUGAUUCUUGAUGCGGUUUCCAUCUCACAAUAUUUGUGUGUUGUUGCUCUUGUUGUCUUGGUCUGGACUUGUACACUUAGAUCCAUCUUUAGCGAACAGUCUCUCUUGUUACUUGACAUUGCUCUUCUUGGGUGGGGUUUUGUAGUUGUUCUCUUGACAGCAGAAAUGCUAUCGUAUGAGCUACUGCUCAAUUAUAUUCUCAGAACCUCUUUUUUCAUAACCGGCCUAUACAUUUUAUCUCCUAUCUAUCACACUUUGACACGCUCCAUAAGUUCAGAUACCAUUUGGGCACUCACGGCUUCUCUUGUCGUACUCCAUUUGUUUCUGCAUAACUAUUCUAGUUCCACGGCAGAAGCUCCCGGGGCUCUAGAGUUUUCUACCUUCACGAACAAUAUUUCUCUUAAUGUUUCUAUAGUUGCUUCACUUCUGGUUGCUUCCCGACUUCCUUCAAGGCUCCAUGUUUUUGCUAUCGUUCUGUUCUCCUUGCAAGUCUUCUUGUUUGCUCCAUUUGUUAGUUAUUGUAUCAAGAAAUACUCUUUCCGAUUACAUUUGUGUUUCUCGUUGGGUUUGAUGGCUGUAACUCUGUUUUUUGUUUACCACUUACACCAAUUGCUCUUUAUAUUGUUGCUGAGCAUAUUGGUAUUUGUUAAUUUGGUCUGCCCCUAUUGGCUGAUUAGAAUUCAAGAGUACAAAUUUGAGAUAAAUGGCCCCUGGGAUGAGGCUAAGCUCUGUUUUAACAUAACAGAGUGAACCGCUCUUCUUUGUGCAUGUAUGUCUUUGCUUCGGUUGAAAAUGAUGUAUAAACAGGAUGCCUUUAACCACAUAUUGUAUAAAUGUUCUGUUUCUGUUGAUA